AUGAAUGUGGGUAUACCAUCAGUGUCAAAUCAAGUGAUCUACUCGGGGCCGAUGCAUUCAGACGAAGGAGAAUCGUUCACCAUAACCUGCGUCACCCCCAUAUUUGAGUCGAUUAAGUGGUCCUUGAACGAUGGUGACUCAAUUUCCGACGAUCCCAAUGUCGAAAUCAAAAAUGUUGAGGAAAAGCUUCGUAUCACUUCUACCCUCCGUGUUUUGUCAGCGAUGGCAAACUACACUGGCAAUUACAAGUGUGUCAGUGUAGCAGGAGACUCUCGAUCUCACAAUCACUUUGUCAUUAGUGCCUCGCUCAUGGAAAUAUCUCAAAACCAAACUCUGGAGUUAGGUAAACGAAUGGAAAUCAACUGCACAGUUCGAGAGCAGAAAAUAGAAUGGCGGAAAGAUGACGAAAAAUUCAACCCGGACGACGAUCGAGUUACUGUGCAGGGUUCCAUGGUAAUCAUAUCCCAGGCAAAACCAGAAGAUCUUGGAAAGUACACCUGUAGCAUCGCAUCCAAUGAAGAUACCAAAACUGUACGGUCCACGUGGAUUUAUCUUCCCACGUACGUGCGACCUUUCCCUCAGAAAAGCUAUAACCUUGAAGAGGGCUCAGCCCUAUCCCUGGAGUGCGAAGCGGAUGGCAGUCCACCGCCGUCAGUCCUUUGGUUUCGAGACGACGUGGAGCUGACCGAAGAUACCGAUCGGGUACGGUUAUCUAAGAAUGCCAAAGGUCUGGAGAAUGGAAAGCUUGAACUCAUUGACUUGGCCUUUGAUGAUCGUGCGAAUUACUCCUGUUCUGCCACGAACAUGUUCUCGGAAACUCGAGUCGCAACUUUCGUCCGUGUAAAAGACAAACUGGCAGCGUUGUGGCCUUUCUUGGGUAUUUGUGCCGAGGUAAUUAUCUUGGUCGUAAUCAUCUUCUGCUACGAGCGGAAACGAACGAAGAAUGCCGAAGACGAAGAUGACGUGGAUACUCCCGCGGCUGCAUCGCGGAGCACGGAUGGUGGCGGCAAGAGUUCGGACGUCAGGCAAAGGAAAUAA